AUGGCCAUCCUGUUGCGGCACGGCCUGCGCGCCAGCAAGCACGCAACGGUGAGCGCGCGCGCGCUCUCCGUCGUCCCAUUCGACGAGGCAAAGCAGAUCGCCGCGGCGAAAGAGAUCGACGACCGCGGCCGGGCCUGCGGCCUCAAGUUCUACCAGUGCUCCUGGGUCGACCUCUUCGGCGUCCAGCGCAGCAAGCUCGUGCCGGCCGCAAGGAUUGGCGAGAUCGCGUCCGGCGGCGCGGGCUUCGCCGGCUUCGCCGCGCACCUCGACAUAGACCCGACGACCGGCGACCUCCUCGCGAUGCCCGACGCGGCGACGCUCGCGCCGCUGCCCUGGCGGCCCGAGGUCGGCUGGCUCGCCUGCGAUCUCGUCCACGAGGGCGCCGAGCUCGCGCCAGCGCUCGCGCACGGCCCGCGGAACGUGCUCCGGAGCGUCUUGGCGAAGCUCGAGGACCGCGGCUUGGCCCUGAAGACGGGCGUCGAGUGCGAGUUCUUCCUGCUGGGCGGCGAGGGCCCGCCGGCCGUCGCCGACGCGCUCGACACGCAGGGCAAGCCCUGCUACGACGCGCACGCGCUCAUGCGGCGCUUCGACUUCAUCGGUGAGUUGUGCGAGCACAUGGAGGCCCUGGGCUGGGGCCCGUACCAGGCGGACCACGAGGACGCGAACGGCCAGUUCGAGAUCAACUGGGACUUCGACGACGCGCUCGCGACGGCGGACCGCGUCGUCUUCUUCAAGUACAUGGUGCGGUCGCUCGCCGAGGCCCGGGGCCUGCGGGCGACGUUCAUGCCCAAGCCCUUCGCGCACCUCACGGGCAGCGGCUGCCACGCGCACUGCAGCCUCCACGACGCGUCCACGGGCGCGAACGUCUCCGGCGGCGGCGCGGGCCCCCACGGCCUCUCGCCCGCGGCGUCGUCCUUCGUCGCCGGCGUACUGGAAAGCGUCCGCGGCGUCGCCGCGCUCACGAACCCGACGGUCAACUCCUACAAGCGGCUCGGAGCGCGGUCGACGGCCAGCGGCGCGACGUGGUCCCCGAACGCGGCGACGUGGGCGGGCAACAACCGCACGGCGCUCGUGCGCGUGCCCGACGACCGGCGCUUCGAGCUGCGCCUCGCGGACAUGUCCUGCAACCCCUACCUCGCCGCGGCGGCCGUCGCCGCCGCGGGCCUCGACGGCCUCGAGCGCGAAAUGGUACUUCCGCCGCCGUCGGACCUCAACCUCUUCGACGCCGCGGACCCGGCGGCGCGCGCGGCCGUCGCCGCGGCGACGCCCCUCCCGUCGGAGCUCCGCGACGCGCUCGACGCGCUCGACGGCGACGCGGGGCUCCGCGCGGGCCUCGGCGACGCGUUCGUCGACAGCUACCUCAAGCUCCGGCGGGCCCACUGGGCCGACUACGCCGCGACGCUGUCGCCCUUCGAGUUCGACCACUACCUCGACUGCUGA